AUGACGAAGUGGGGCAGCAACAGCUUGCUUCCCAUAGUACUGACAACCAUAUGCUGUAAUGCUGUUGCUCUCAUCACGGCUGCACCAAGACCCUCUCCUGUGUCAAUACCAGUAAGGACCGACUGGUUUGGAUACGAUGGCAAUUGGAGUCCUGUGUCGGUCAGAGUAGGGACACCACCACAGUGGGUCGACCUUUUUGUCAGUACCGCUAGCCAGGAGACAUGGGUCGUUGGGAAUGGAGGCUGCGACGGUACUACUGAAUGUCGGACCAAACGAGGUGGCGUCUUCCAAUCCAACGAAUCCAGCACCUGGGCCGAUCAAGGACCAUUUGUGCUAGGUCUUGAUCCCCAGCUUGGCUUCAGUGGAGAUGGAAUUUACGGGUUUGAUAACAUAUCUCUAAGCAACGACAUCUCAGUACCCUCGCAGGUGGUCGGCGUCAUCAAUUCCACGGACUACUGGCUUGGUUUCUUUGGUCUUGGAGUCGAACCAACUAAUUUUACCUCUGCCGACAAGCCAACUUUUCUCGACAAUAUGGUGGAAACUAUGAGCUUGAUUCCAAGUCAUAGUUAUGGCUAUACAGCCGGCGCCUAUUAUCGCUUGAAAAGUGUUCCUGCUUCGUUGGUACUGGGAGGGUUCGAUGCCAACCGAUUUGAGCCUCACAGUACAACUUUCGAACUAGACCCAAACCAAAACCCAGUCGUCGCGCUCAAUGAGAUCACGGUGACCGCCCAACCGCUUCCGUCGUCUAACGUCAGCGCCGCAUGGCCUAGCAAUUCACUGACACUGCUUGGCUCUAGUGACGCAAAUCUCUUCACUAUAGACUCUUCAACGCCGUACCUUUGGUUACCCGAAGCAGUGUGUUUGGAAUUUGAAAAAGCAUUCGGUCUUACUUACGAUGACGUCGUUCAAUUGUAUACCUUUGGCUCCAAUUCUACCCAACAUGAAGUAUUGGUCAAUUGGAAUAUGACAUUUCAAUUCACUGUCGCGGAUUUACCAGGGUCUUCGAACUCGGUAUCACUCUCUCUGCCUUAUGAGGCUUUCGAUUUGCAACUUUCCUAUCCGUAUCCUGGCCUGAACGCCAACCAGUCUUCACCUCCCACAAACUACUUUCCGCUUCGAAAAGCUGCGAACAACACACAAUAUACCAUUGGAAGGACUUUCUUACAAGAAACCUAUCUCAAAGUUGAUUACGAGCGCAACAAUUUCUCGAUCUUUCAAGCAAAAUUUUCCCCAAACGCUUUAGCAGACACAGACUUGAUCUCUAUUACCAGACCCCCGAAUAGUACAUUCGAAGGACCAGAAGUUGUACCUCCGAAGCCGAUCUUAAGCAAACCUGGGAUAGCCGGCGUGGCUGCCGGUGGUGCCAUAGCUCUCGUCUCUUUGAUUUGUCUGAUCGUACUCUGUAUCCGUUCUCGACGGGGUGACAAAACUCAUGACUACUUUAGAGAGAAGGAAGACGAAGACCAGCCCAGGAAGAAGACCUCAAACAGUAGGUUCCUCAGAUGGCUCUUCCGUCUACCCAAACCCGAAACACCAACAGAGAUCGGCGGAUCUGAUAGAUUCGCCUUUGAGGCUCCGACCGGCCGGGAAUGUAUGGAGCUGCCGGCGAAGACAGCCAAGAGCGAACUUGAAGGAAGUGAGCCUGACACUCCAGUAUAUACUGAAGCUGAUUACAGGAGUACUGGAAACGCGAUCAAUGCCAUCGGCCAUGAUCCAGAUGAACCAGUUGAGCUGCCUUACUGUUCGAGUGCUCGAGGCUACUAUGAGCCUGAGACAGCCUCAAAGAUUCGAAUCUCGGACUCAGCUUCUGCUCCGGUCAAGCUCAUUAAGGAUUUGCAUAGCUUGAGUCGGCAAAAUACGCAGACUACCGCAGGGAUCAGCAGCACAAGCAACACUCCGAGUAAAAGAUCUAGUAAAGAUGUUUCUCCGAUUUUCAUCGUCAGUCCAAUUACACCCAGAGAAGCGAGUCCUGGGUUUUCAUCUCUCUCUACAAUCGCAAGACGAGAAGCAUGGUACGAUUCCAAAGAGAGUUGGGGCGGCCAAAGAGUCAAGCGUGGCACGCCAGUCGUUAGUGACGAUGGGAAAACUCGAGGCUCGAAGAGCAGCAAUGGAUCGAGUGCCACCAGGGGUAUCCCUCGGAGUGCACCGCGGAUUUUCAGCUGGAAGGCAGAUCCGGAUCCGGAGCGAAGGGUUGUGGGAAAUCAUACUCCAACAGACAGUACGAUUCACGCGCUUCCAUGA